AUGAAGACUUUUAACGUAACUCUAUCAAACAACAAGACCAAGACCACCAAGACCAUUACCGUCAUCGACCAGAUGACAUUGACCAACAGCAACAUCACCAUCAUCGACAACAUCUUAUCCUUUCUCCCCAACAGCGAAAGCUCUCCAAUUGAAUCUUUCUCUAACACUGUCUCAAUCUCUCCCCGUUCCAGUCUUCGAUUGGCCCUUCAAGCACACCAAGAAUUGGGAUCUGGAUGGAAGAAUCACAGCCGAUACAGUUUGAGACUAGCUCUCAAAUCUUCUGAUUCUUCGGUUUCUGCUUCUGCUUCUUCUGCUGCUUCGGUUUCACUUCCACCACCAUCCAAUUCCAAGUCGAAAUCGAAAUCGAAACCUCGAUCUCAAAGCCGAAAGCGUGCGGCAUCCAAAAAGGCUACUUCUUGCCCUCGUUUUGUUCGCACUGCUUGCGCUGCCGUCACUGCAAAGUUUCAAAAACUUCUUUGUUGUCGCCGACACAAAGAGUUCCGAAAGCGCUUUACCAAGAACCAAGAACGCCGCCAGAAAUUCAAGAACUAUGAAUUUGCCAAGGCUUUGGAAACCUACACUACAAACGAGUACCGCAAAAUCAACGAAGCUUUGCGAUCUGGAACCGUCGACUCCCAGGAGGAAGGACUGCAAAGGACCAUCAAGGAUGCGAUCAUGGCAUUCAAGAUUGGACUCCGCUGGGGAGAACUCAAAGUCUGCAACAGCAAGAAGACCUUGUUUCGUGGGUCAGGGAGUCUCCCUUUUGUACCACAAGUCGGAGCUACCAUGUCUGAUGAAGGUUUUUACAGCACCAGUCUCCACAAGUCGAUUGCUGUUGACUUUUUGGCGAAACAGAAGGUAGACGAAGCGCGGUACCUUUUUGUAUUGACGAGUCAUUGCAAUGGUGUCAAUGUGAAGCAAUUCUCUCGGUGCAAGAAAGAAGAAGAAGUUCUUUUUGCUCCAAGCACACUGUUUCGCAUUGCUUCUGUCGCCCCUGGACACAUUGAGGCAGGCGUGGAGGGGACAAUCACUCGCGUGGAAUUGCACGAAAUGGUGUAA